AUGAAUGAUUCUGAAGAAGAUAAUUGGCUUAAUCCGUUUGAUGACGACCUUUGUAUCAUCGAUGAGGAUGAAAGUCUGAAUUCUAACCCUGUCAACGAUCCUGAGAACGAUGGGAAUGAGGAUGAAAAUUGUUUGAAGGAGGAUGAAAAUGGUUUGAAGGAGGGUGAGAAUCUGAUUGAUGUGAAUGUAGGGGAUAAUGAAGGUGGAAAUUUUGUGGAUGUCGAUGAGAUGAUUGAGACUGUACAGGACAGUCAAAAGGACUCUGAUAUAGAUGUUAAAGUCAUGAAAAUGAUUACUGAAUUGUCUGCAGACGACAUUAGAGAGUUGGAUUUUUGUUCUGAGGAGGAAGCAUGUGAAUUCUAUUCCAAAUAUGCUCGUUUCCGUGGAUUCUCUCCAAGAAAAGAUGAUGUUUACAAGGAUUCUGAUGGCAAUAUUAUCUCACGUCAGAUAGUGUGCAAUAGGGCUGGUCAAAGGCAUCAGAAGCAUAUGCAUAAUGGUGGUAGAACAAAACAACCUAAGCCUAUUACUAGAGUCUGUUGCCUUGCUAUAAUUCGAUUUCGUUGUGUUUCUAGCAGUAAAAGGUGGAAAGUUGUUUUUUUUUGCGAUGAGCACAAUCACCCAUUAACACCAUUUAAGCAUGUUCAUUUGAUUCCAAAAUUCCGGCAGUUGAGCGAAGGGGACAAAGCUCAAGGAGAUGGUAUGAACCUGGUUGGUGUGAGGACCCGCAAUAUUAUGGAGGUGAUAAUUGGCCAAAAAGGGGGGGCUGAGACUGUAGGCUUUACCAACAAGGACUUGUCCAACCACCUAGACAAGGAAAAAAGGAAGAGAAUCAAAGAUGGUGAUGCAGUUGCGGCGCUACCCUAUUUACAAGGAAAAUGUGACAGUGACCCACUAUUUUUCUUCAAGUACAACAAAUCAGAAGAAGGUAAUCUCCUUAACUUGCUCUGGUGUGAUGGCACUAGUAGACUUGAUUAUAAUGUGUUUGGUGAUGUGGUUGCCUUUGAUAGCACAUACAAGAAGAACAAGUAUAAUAAGCCUUUGGUGAUUUUUUGUGGAUACAACCACCACAAGCAAACAACUAUCUUUGCUGCUGCACUUGUUCAUGAUGAGAAAACGGAGACUUACAAAUGGGUUUUGGAAACCUUGACUGAAGAAAUGUUUAACAGACAUCCUAAGGUGGCGGUUACAGAUGGAGAUAAAGCAAUGAAGGAAGCUAUUAGAGUUGUGUGGCCGAAUACCACGCAUCGUCAAUGUGCAUGGCACAUUCACCAGAAUGCUAUAAAAAAGACUAGAAAUACUGAUUUUGCAGAUGAAUUCAAGUUAUUUGUGUAUGCUAACUUGAACCCUAACAGGUUUGGAGAGAAGUGGGAUAAACUGAUUGAGAAACAUGGUCUAGCCAACAACGAAUGGAUUGAGAUGAUGUAUGAGACAAGAGCUUCUUGGGCAAGCACCUUCAUGCAAGACAAAUUUUUUGCUGGUAUUCGUACAACGUCUUUAUGUGAAGGUAUUAACUCAUUCAUAAAGAAUUAUCUGCAUUGUAAGUGUUCUUUGUUGGAUUUUCUUUUCAAUUUUGAGCGGGCUUUGAAGAAAUACAGGCACAAUGAGUUGGUUUCUGAUUUUAAGUCUUCUUAUGGUGAGCCUGUUAUCACAACUGCACUUAGUGGCAUUGAGUAUGGAGCUGCCAAAAUAUUAACCGGGGAUAUGUUCUGGGAAGUUAAGAGUCAAAUUGAAGAUGCUCUAGGGAUAAAUGUGGAGCGUGAGGAGGUGUCCAAUAUUGUGAUGAUGAAAAUGAGAAAAAUUAGUAAUCACAUAAAAGAAUAUAUUGUGGUUUAUGAUAAGAACCAGAAAAAGUUUGUCUGUGAUUGUGGUUAUUAUGAGUAUUUUUUUAUUCCUUGUUCUCACAUAAUAGCUGGGAUGAGAAGUGAGUAUAUUGAUGAAUUUCCAACCAAUCUAGUUUCUAAGAGGUGGUUGAAAUCAGCCAAGUCUGCUCAUGUGUAUUCAAUUACAGAGCCUAGUAUUCAAUCACAGAAUUUGAAAUUGUUGCGAAAAGGAGCUAUGUCUGCCGCAUGCAACUAUCUCGCAGAAAUGGCAUGCGAAAAGGAUGAUGAAUAUGCAAGUGUAAUGGAAGGCAUUUAUAAACUGUUGAGGGAUGUUCAGAAGAGUCGCAAACCGGGUUGUACAUCAAACAGUGCAGCCUUUGAUGUGGGUGAUCCAAUUGUUGUACCGGCUAGAGGUGCCCCCAAGAAGAACAAAACUGGCACCAAGAGAAGGCAGUGCUCAAAUUGCAGGGGUAUUGGACGCACGAUUCGUACGUGUCCGGCUUUGCUUUAUUCUGAUCAAGUCCCUAAUACUGAAGGAGGUGAAUCUGCAACUGAAGGAAGGAAAUGA